AUUACAGGCGCGGUACAACAUUUACGCGCUAUCGUUUCGCGGGCAAACAUUCCGAACGGAAAAUGGCUAAUUUAAAAAUCCUACGUGGAAAUUUAGCGCGGCAAAUUUUAAACAAUUUAUCGCCGCACAAAAAGCAAAAAAAAAUUAGGACCUCCCUAUCGGUUUCUGUAGUUCGGAAUUCAAAUCGUGGAUUAGCUACUAAAGCAGCUCCAGUUUUAGAACAAAAUGUUUUGAGUUCGCCAUGGGGUGAAAUUACUGUUGGAAAGGAAACAUUAGUUGAUUACGUUUUUAAAGAUAUUGAAUUGUGGUCAGACGCUCCUUGUGUGACAUGUGGUGCGACGGGUCGGUCGUACGAUUAUGCUAUGACCAAAAUGAUGGUGGAGCGUUGCGCCAACGCUCUCGCGGGGCCCCUGAAGAUGGCUCCCGGAGAGAGAAUCGGCCUCAUUCUUCCAAAUAUCCCCGAGUUUGUGGUGCUUAUACACGGGGCCAUGAAAGCGGGGCUAGUGGUUACUUUCGCCAACCCAUUAUACACUGCAGAUGAGGUGAGUCGUCAAUUCAAAGACUGCAAUGUGAAAGCGAUUGCUACCAUCGAGAUGUUCAUGCCGGUAGCGAUGGAAGUGAGCAAGUCGCUCAAGGAUUAUAAAGGCACUAUAUGGGUCGGAGGAGAGGACGACAAGGCCAAAGGUGUUUUUGGCCUACGAUCCCUACUAAUGGCCGACCACAAAGCUGAUCUGCCUACAUUGAACUGUGAUGAUGUCUGUCUGAUACCUUACUCAAGCGGUACUACGGGCAUGCCCAAAGGAGUAAUGUUAACUCAUAAGAAUUUAGUUUCCAAUUUGAAGCAAGUACAAGCGCCUAAGAUGAUGAAGUAUGAAGGUGAAAAGGGGAAAGGAGACGUAGUUCUGACAGUUCCCCCGUUUUUCCACAUCUACGGUUUUAAUGGAAUUAUGAACUAUAACCUCGUGUUAGGAUACCACAUUGUUUCGAUACCAAAAUUCACGCCGGAUGAUUACAUCAACUGCUUGGUGGAGUAUGAACCCACAACGGCUUUCAUGGCCACACAUCCGUUGGUAAAGAAGGAGCAUCUGCAAUCAGUACAGACCAUCAUGGUGGGCGCCGCUCCCACAACUGAUAGCAUGUUGGAGAAGUUUUUGCUAAAGUGCGAAAAGACCAAAGACCAGAUUAAGCUGCUUCAAGGUUACGGUAUGACGGAAAGCUCUCCCGUAACUCUAAUGACACCAUAUGUCUACCCAUACGGAAAAGUGGGAUCCGUGGGACAGUUGGUACCAUCGACACAGGCGAGAAUAGUGUCGCUAACGAAAGGUGAAGCCCUGGGUCCUCAUCAAUCUGGAGAGCUUUUAUUGAGAGGACCUCAGGUCAUGAAGGGCUAUUGGAACAACGAGGAAGCUACGAAAGAAACAGUAGAUAGCGAAGGCUGGUUGCAUACAGGAGAUGUGGCCUACUAUGAUGAAGAACAUUAUUUCUACAUCGUUGACCGCACUAAGGAGCUUAUCAAGGUCAAGGGUAACCAGGUAUCACCAACAGAAAUCGAAAGCGUGAUAAUGGAGAAACCCGAAGUUGCAGAUGUCGCUGUGGUGGGCAUGCCUCACUCACUUGCGGGAGAGGUCCCGAAAGCCUUUGUCGUUCUGAAGCCGAACCAGAAGCUAACAGAGAAGCAAGUGUACGACAUAGUCGCUCAGAAACUGACUAAAUACAAACAUCUUGAAGGCGGAGUAGCUUUCGUAGACUCGAUACCUCGCAACGUGGCGGGAAAAAUCCUGCGCAAUGAACUAAAAGUAUUAGGCGGAAAACAUUAAUUUUGUUUUGAGGAAAAUUAUCUUUAUUAGAUAGCAUAAUAAUUUGUAAAUAGUUACCCCAACUGCGAUUUAAACGAUAGUGAAUAAUUAACUAUUAUGUUUUGGCUGUAAUAAAAUAAGUUGUCCUUCGAAUAUAAUAAAAUAACAUUUCCCCGCGACUUCGUACUAGUACAACUUCUGAUCAGUAAUUUUUUCAAAUACCUAAACAAUUUCAUCUACACUAAACGCACCAAUCGCAUAGCCCGCCCUACUCAGUAUUUCGUUUGCUCAGGUCUUAAGGGUUAAAUAGCCAAUUACCUUCCUCAAGAAUUGGG